AUGUCGCCCUUUAGCUCGACACCGCACGCUCUUGCAUCGCAAGCCUCCGGGCCGAUCGAUGAGUCUUUCACCGCGACCGCGGACUCGAACACGCGCAGAAUUGUGCAGAUGCAAGAUUGGCUUCCCGCUCAAGAAGCCAUGUUUUCCGGCGCUGCUGCCGCCAUCCCGAUGCGACCGCCGCCGCACGGCCAAUCCCACCACAUCGGGCAGCCGCCUUUCCCGCGACGACUUCGGAGCGUGAGCGUCUCGCUUCCUUGGCGGCAACGCCCAAAGUCGGCGUUCCUCGCUUCCAGCGCAGAUGCCGGGUAUUCGGACCUGUCGACCUUGUCACUUGAGAAGAGCAAGAGUCAUGCUUCUGGUAGUCAACAAGACACCUAUCUUGCGCCGAGCUCGUCAAAGCAGAGUCACUACAAUUUCAAGCGGAUGCUGCGCCGGGCUUCCAUCUCGCUCAAAUCCGGGGUCAAGGGGUUUGUUCAGCGGCGGACCUCGGUACCAGCCGCCACAACAUUCGACAGCGAUGGCCACCCGGCACGGCCGCAGUUCUCCAGCGCGUCUCCACAUGUGCCGCGGCCGACAACCUCGCAAUCCACCUGGCAUCGGCUGCGGCAAGCCACCAGCUUCCACCGACACUCGCGGGUGCUCUACACUGGAUAUGAUGAUCACAGGUUCGACAACGACCUCUUCCCGAUCGAAUCGCCGACACUUCCAGUCCCCGGCUCUCGUGAGCAACCGCCGAUCAUCCCACGUAACACCGGUGCUGCGGCGAGGCAAGCCGCUGCGAUUGCUUGCAAUGGGCUUCACGCCUACGAUGUCAUGGAUGGACCUUUCCCACGCCCGGGGUGGCUUGCAGAACACGCGCUGGAUGACCACGAGAGCGGGAUUGGGAUCGCCCUCACCAGCUCGGAGAUGGAGGCUUAUGUCCCCGGCGACGAAGUUGACUCAGAUGUGGACGUGGACACCGGCCUGAAGCGCGACGAAACCGCCAUCAUAAAGAUUGACUUCAUCGCGCAGCUGCCGAUGGAGUUGGCAAUCCAGAUCCUGGCGUUCCUUGACGCGCCGACGCUCAACAUGGCCAGCAGAGUAUGCUCCGGCUGGUACAACGUGAUCAGGAACCAGCACAUCUGGCGCGAGUCGUUCCUGCGGGAGAAGACGACAACCUACGCCACAAGCGGACCUGUCAAGCCGGGAACCGGUUUGGGCGUGCCCCCAGUCCAGCCUACGAACGACUGGAAGGAGAUAUACAGGGUUAAGACUGAGCUCGACAGGCGCUGGAAAGAAGGCAAGGCGCGGCCGGUGUAUCUGAACGGCCACACAGAUAGCAUCUACUGCCUUCAGUUCGAUGAAUCCAAAAUUAUCACCGGCUCCCGCGACCGCACCAUUCGCGUCUGGGACAUGCACACCUUCGCCUGCAAGCUCAUCAUCGGCCCGCCCGAGAUCGUCAACGACAGCUCCUUCAACCUUCUGUACGACGAGCACAACAACCCGGUCCACUACGCCACCAUCCCCGACAUCGACGGGUCCGCGAACAAAGACGGCCUUCCCCGGCCUCCGCUCCGCGCGUACCACUCCAUCCCGGCCCUCUACGCGCCGCCGAUGCACCACAAAGCCUCGAUCCUCUGCCUGCAGUACGACGACCGGAUCCUCGUGACGGGUUCCUCGGACUCGACCUGCAUCAUAUACUCGCUCGCGGCAGGCUACCGCCCCGUGCGGCGCCUGCGGCACCACUCGGCCGCCGUGCUCGACCUCGUCUUCGACGACAAGCACAUCGUGACGUGCUCCAAGGACGUGUCCAUCUGCGUGUGGGACCGCGCGACGGGCGCGCUCCUCCGCCAGCUGCGCGGGCACUCGGGCCCUGUUAACGCCGUGCAGAUGCGCGGCAACACCAUCGUCUCGUGCAGCGGCGACUUCCGGGUCAAGCUCUGGAACAUCGACACGGGAAAAAACAUUCGCGAGUUCCUUGGCCACAAGAAGGGCCUCGCGUGCAGCCAAUUCUCGGAGGACGGCCGCUACAUUGCCAGCGCGGGCAAUGACAAGGUCAUUCGGAUCUGGGACGCCAACACGGGCGAGUGCGUGCGCGAGAUGGAGGCGCACGAGAAUCUCGUCAGGAGCUUGCAUGUGGAUAGCGUCAGCGGGAGGCUGGUCAGCGGGAGCUAUGAUUCGGAUAUCAAGGUUUGGGAUAUGGAGACGGGCCAGCCGCUAUUGGAUUUCCCCAAGUGGCACUCCAGUUGGGUGCUAAGUGCGAAGAGUGAUUACCGGAGGAUUGUCAGCUCCGGGCAGGAUCCCAAAAUAUUGAUCUUGGAUUUUGGGGCCGGGGUCAAGGGAAUUGAGAUGUUGGAGAGUGCUCCCUCGCCGUCCCGGGCUGGUGCUCCUGGCGGCAGUGAAGAGGCGGGGUAUAAUUGA